AUGUUUUAUACUCCAGUUGAUGAGGUUGAUAUAUCUGUGGAAAUGUGUGGUGUAAAGUUUGAAAAUCCGUUUGGUCUAGCAUCAGCUCCUCCGACCACUUCUGGGCCAAUGUGCCGUCGAGCCUUUCAGGAAGGUUGGGGAUUCGUCCUAACGAAAACGUUUGGUCUUGACAAGGAUCUCGUCACAAAUGUCUCUCCCCGAAUUGUCAGAGGAUCAACAGUAGGACCCAUCUAUGGCCCUAAUCAGGGUUCUUUUUUGAACAUUGAGUUGAUUUCUGAGAAGUCCAGCGCAUAUUGGUUACAAUGUAUCAAGGAACUUAAACACGACUUCCCUACGAAAAUUGUUAUUGCAUCUAUCAUGUGCACAUACAAUGAAGAAGACUGGGUCCUUCUGGCUAAACAGUGUGAGGAUGCGGGUGCAGAUAUUCUAGAACUUAAUCUAUCCUGUCCACACGGAAUGGGAGAAAAAGGCAUGGGUCUUGCUUGCGGACAGGACUCAAACAUUGUUAAAACAAUCUGUUCGUGGAUUAGUAAGACUGUGAAGAUUCCAUUCUUCCCCAAGAUGACGCCCAAUGUUACUGAUAUUCGUGCCAUAGCUGCUGCCGCCAAAGAUGGAGGAGCGAGUGGUGUAACCGCUACAAACACAGUGUCCGCGCUUAUGUACAUGAAAGCAGAUGGAACAUCUUGGCCAACAGUAGGAGAGGAAAAGAGGACAACCUAUGGUGGUAUGUCUGGUUCCGCAAUUCGUCCUAUUGCCCUUAGAGCUGUGUCCGCCAUAGCAGGACAUUUGAAGGGAUUUCCUAUUAUGGCUACCGGUGGCAUCGAAAGUGCCGAGACUGGACUGGCUUUUCUGAACGCUGGAGCUUCUGUUCUUCAGCACUCGUCGAAACCAGUUGUUGACGAUAGCUUUGGCAGUGAUUCCCUCGCCCAACGCCUUGUCGAUGUUGGCGGUGGCCUGGCUUGCCGUUUAGCGCUGCUUCCGUCCGUAGAAGAAGAUCAUUCGGAGAUGACGUAG